AAAUAUCAAUUAAGAAAGUUAAGAACAAGGACCAAAACAAAAGACGACAUAUAACACUAUCUACGUACUUAAGAAAAAUAACUUAAAAAAAAACAUGUCGUGGCAAACCUAUGUGGAUGACCACUUGAUGUGUGAAAUCGAAAACACAGGUGGCCAUCUCUCUUCUGCAGCUAUCCUUGGCUUUGAUGGCAGUGUUUGGGCUGAAAGUCACAAUUUUCCUAAGUUUAAACCAGAGGAGAUCACUUAUAUCAUGAAAGAUUUUGAAGAACCUGGAUAUCUAGCUCCAACUGGUCUAUUUCUUGCUGGGGCAAAAUAUAUGGUCAUCCAAGGAGAACCUGGUGCUGUAGUUCGUGGUAAAAAGGGAUCUGGUGGCAUAACAAUCAAAAAGACUGGACAGGCACUAAUUUUUGGUAUAUAUGAAGAACCAGUGACUCCAGGACAAUGCAACAUAGUGGUUGAGAAAAUUGGUGACUACCUUGUUGACCAGGGAUAUUAAUUACUCUUUUUAAAAUUGAUUAUUUUAUAAUUAAAGUUUCUUGUAAUUGACAAUUGCGUCUAUAUUUUCUAUGGAAAAACAAACUAGCUCUGUAGUUUCUUUUCUUCUUUAUGGGGAAAUAACAAGCGGCAUGAGACAUUUUCUCUUUUA